GAGUCUCACUCUGUCACCCAGGCUUGAGUGCAAUGGCGUGAUCUUGGUUCACUGCAACCUCCACCUCCUGGAUUCAAACAACUCUCCUGCCUCAGCUUCCCGAGUAGCGGGGAUGACAGGUGCAUGCCACUAUGUCUGGCUAAUUUUUGUAUUUUUAGCAGAGACAGGGUUUCACCAUGUUGGCCGGGCUGGUCACGAACUCCUGACCUCAAAUGAUUCUCCCGCGCUGGCCUCCUAAAGCAUUGGGAUUACAGAUGUGAGCCACUGUGCCUGGUCUCUAAUGGUAUCUUUUGAUGAACAGAUAUUCUUAGUACUGAUGGAGGCCAAUUUCUCAUUUUUGUUUUUCUUUUAGUGUAUUCUGUAAUCUAAAGAUCUUGAAUUAAUCCAAAGCCAUUAAGAUAUAAUUUUCUUCUAAAAGCUUCAUUAUUUACCUUUUAUAUUUAGAUUGCAGUCCAUCUGGAAUCAAUUUUGUGAAUGGUGUGAGACUGGGGUCAAUAUACAUUAUUUUCCCCUUAUGACUUCUCAAAUGACCCAGCACUAUUUGUGAAGACCAUUCUUUCCCUACUGUAUCUAUCCUCACCACUUUUUUUUGAGACCAAGUCUUGCUCUGUCACCCAGGGUGGAGUGCCUUGGCACAAUCUCGGCUCACUGCAACCUCCGCCUCCUCGAUUCAAGCGAUUCUCCCGCCUCGGCCUCCCGAGUAGCUGGGACUACAGGCCGAGCGCCACCAUGCCUGGCUAAUUUUUGUAUUUUUAGUAGAGACAGGGAGUUUCGCCAUGUUGGCCACGCUGGUCUCGAAUUCCUGAUCUCAAGUGAUCCGUAGGACUCGGCCUCCCAAAGUGCUGGAAUUACAGGCCUGAGCCACCAUGCCCAGCCUAUCUUCGCCAGUUUUAAUGCUAAAAACUAUUCCAUUCUAUGGCACUCCCUUAACUUAACUUAGCCAUUUUUCCAUCCAGGUAUUUGGGUUGUUUUCAGAUCUUUGCUAUCAUCAAACAGGAGGAAUACUUUGUAUGGACAUCAAGUCAUUCUUCUGCAAUUAUUAACCCAGAAGUGAAAUUUCUAAGCUAGAAAAUAUUUGCUUUUUUGGAAAAUUAAUAAAUUAUAUUCAAAACUCAAAUAAUGUAAAGAGACCCAGUGAAAAGUCUGCCUCCUAUCCUGUCCCCUGUCCUUCCAGUCCCUCUUCCACCAGGUAACCACAUUCAGGAAAUCUUGUGUAUCUUUCCAGAUAUCUUGUAAUGGAUGUACAAGCAUUAUUUAUAUUCUUUUCUCCUUUUGUUUACACAGCCAGUGGUACUCUAUACAUUCUGUCCUGCAUCUUGCCUUUUUCAUUUAACAACCUAUUUUAGAAAUCUUUCCAUUGCUGUACAUAAAAAGACACAUAAUAUUUCAUUUGAAAGAUGCACCACUAUGAUGGACAUCUGUGUUGUUUCCAAUAGUUUGCCGUUGAAACAACGUUGCAAUGGAAUAACUUUGUACAUGUCAUUUCACAUGUGUAAAAGGUGUCUAUUGGGGAAAUUACUAGAAGUGGCUUUGCUGAGUCUGAGGGUCUAUGCAUUUGUGAUUUGAUCAACAUCGUCAAAUUAUACUGCCACCAGCAAUGUAUUAAAGUGCUUGCUUUCCCGUAGCUUGGUCAGUGAACUAUUAGACCUGAGAUCUUUAGCCAUCCAAUAUGUGAAAAACUGUAACUUUAGUUUGCAUUUGUUUAUUGUAUGUGAAGCUGAGCAUCCUUUCAGAAGUUUAAGGCCUACUCUGUCCUGUCUGGGUCAGAAUAUGCCCUUUUAUUUUUAUUUUUUGAGACAGAGUCUCGCUCUGUCGCCCAGGCUGGGGUACGGUGGCGCAAUCUCGGCUCACUGUAACCUCUGCCUCCCGGGUUCAAGCGAUUCUCCUGCCUCAGCCUAAUGAGUAGCUGGGAUAACAGGCGCACGCCACCACGCCUGGCUAAUUUUUUUGUAUUUUUAAUAGAGAUGGGGUUUCACCAUGUUGGUCAGGCUGGUCUCGAACUCCUGACCUGAUGAUCCGCCCGCCUCAGCCUCCCAAAGUGCUGGGAUUACAGACGUGAGCCACCGUGCCCGGCCCUCAGAGUAUGCCCUUUUAAAAACCUGUGGGUACACGUAGCCAACUUACAUUUUAAGACAAGAGGACCCACAGACCCUCUUUCCACAUCGCACCCCGGGGCCUGUCUGUCUGCAUCAUAGUGUCUGGCUCUCAGAGCUAGAAAACAGCACCUGCGCGUGGUCGAAGCCGAAACCUCUACUCACAGGUGCGGGGCUUCCGGCCUGCCGGGGGAAGGAGCCCGCCCCUCCCGGCUGCGUGCAUCAGCGCAGCUAGUCACGUGACGCCGAGGAGGGGCAGAUAGGAGGUGCCUGCUGCCAUUGCUCCGUGGGCCCUGCUGCCGGCACGCUCUCCGCGCAUGCGUUUUUUAUGCGGGAUUAAGCUUGCUGCUGCGUGACAACGGAGGGCUAGGAAAAGGCGCAGUGGAGCCCGGAGCUGUCACCUCUGACUUCACGCAGCUUCCGUUCUCCUGGUGACGUGGCCUACAGGACCCGCCCCGGUGGUCAGCUGCCGCGCUGUUGCUAGGCAACAGCGUCCGAGCUCAGAUCAGCGUGGGGCGGAGGAGAAGUGGGAUUUGGAAGCUCAGGGGCACAGGGGCCCAGGGGCACAGGCCCACGACUGCAGUGGGAUGGACCAGUACUGCAUCCUGGGCCGCAUCGGGGAGGGCGCCCACGGCAUCGUCUUCAAGGCCAAGCACGUGGAGACUGGCGAGAUAGUUGCCCUCAAGAAGGUGGCCCUAAGGCGGUUGGAGGACGGCAUCCCUAACCAGGCCCUGCGGGAGAUUAAGGCUCUGCAGGAGAUGGAGGACAAUCAGUAUGUGGUGCAACUGAAGGCUGUGUUCCCACAUAGUGCAGGCUUUGUGCUGGCCUUUGAGUUCAUGCUGUCGGAUCUGGCCGAGGUGGUGCGCCAUGCCCAGAGGCCACUAGCCCAGGCGCAGGUCAAGAGCUACCUGCAGAUGCUGCUCAAGGGCGUCUCCUUCUGCCAUGCCAACAACAUUGUACAUCGGGACCUGAAACCUGCCAACCUACUCAUCAGCGCCUCAGGCCAGCUCAAGAUAGCGGACUUUGGCCUGGCUCGAGUGUUUUCCCCAGACGGCAGCCGCCUCUACACACACCAGGUGGCCACCAGGUGGUACCGAGCCCCCGAGCUCCUGUAUGGUGCCCGCCAGUAUGACCAGGGCGUCGAUCUGUGGGCCGUGGGCUGCAUCAUGGGGGAGCUGUUGAAUGGGUCCCCCCUUUUCCCGGGCAAGAACGACAUUGAACAGCUUUGCUAUGUGCUUCGCAUCUUGGGCACCCCAAACCCUCAAGUCUGGCCGGAGCUCACUGAGCUGCCGGACUACAACAAGAUCUCCUUUAAGGAGCAGGCGCCCGUGCCCCUGGAGGAGGUGCUGCCCGACGCCUCUCCCCAGGCAUUGGAUCUGCUGGGUCAAUUCCUCCUCUACCCUCCUCGCCAGCGCAUCGCAGCUUCCAAGGCUCUCCUCCAUCAGUACUUCUUCACAGCUCCCCUGCCUGCCCAUCCAUCUGAGCUGCCGAUUCCUCAGCGUCUAGGGGUACCUGCCCCCAAGGCCCAUCCAGGGCCCCCCCGCAUCCAUGACUUCUAUGUGGACCGGCCUCUUGAGGAGUCGCUGUUGAACCCAGAGCUGAUUCGGCCCUUCAUCCUGGAGGGGUGAGAAGUUGGCCCUGGUCCUGUCUGCCUGCUCCUCAGGACCACUCAGUCCACCUGUUCCUCUGCCGCCUGCCUGGCUUCACCCUCCAAGGCCUCCCCAUGGCCACACUGGGCCCACACCACACUCCGCCCCUUAGCCCUUGCAAUGGUUGGUCUCGAGGCAGAGGUCAUGUUCCCAGCCAAGAGUAUGAGAACAUCCAGUUGAGCAGAGGAAAUUGGCUCUGCCUUAUGUCUGUUCCUCCUUCAUUUCUCUCAAGGGAAAUGGCUAAGGUGGCAUUGUCUCAUGGCUCUCGUUUUUGGGGGUCAUGGGGAAGGUAGCACCAGGCAUAGCCACUUUUGCCCUGAGGGCCUCCUGUGUGCUUCACUUCACUGAGCGCUCAUUUGGAAGUGAGGGAGACAGAAGUCUAGGCCCAGGGAUGGCUCCAGCUGGGGAUCCAGCAGGAGACCCUCUGCACAUGAGGCUGGUUUACCAACAUCUACUCCCUCAGGAUGAGCGUGAGCCAGAAGCAGCUGUGUAUAUAAGGAAACAAGCAUUCCUGGAAUUAAUUUAUAAAUUUAAUAAAUUCCACUAUAAUCCCAGCUAGUGCUUUUUCCUUAUUAUAAUUUGAUAAGGUGAUUAUAAAAGAUACAUGGAAGGAAGUGGAACCAGAUGCAGAAGAGGAAAUGAUGGAAGGACUUACAGUAUCAGAUACCAAUAUUUUAAAGUUUAUAGAAUAAUAAAGAGUAUGAUUGUGGUUCAAGGAUAAAAACAGACUAGAGAAACUUAUUCUUAGCCAUCCUUUAUUUUUAUUUUUAAUUAGUUUUUGAUGGAGUCUUGCUGUGUUGCCCAGGCUGGAGUGCAGUGGCACAAUCUCGGCUCACUGCAACCUCCGCCUCCUGGGUUCAAGUGAUUCUCCUGCCUCAGCUUUCCGAGUAGCUGGGACUACAGGCGCGUGCCACCACACCUGGCUAAUUUUUGUAUUUUUACUAGAGACAGGGUUUCACCGUGUUAGCCAGGAUGGUCUUGAUCUCCUGACCUCGUGAUCUGCCCGCCCGGGCCUCUCAAAGUGUUGGGAUUGUAGGCGUGAGCCACCAUGUCCAGCCCUAGGCAUCCUUUAUUUUUAAAAUGUUUAUUUUAUGCUUCAUGUGGAUAAACUCUUCUGUGAGCACUGAGGGUGACUAACACUGCUACAGAUGCUGGCCUUCAAGCACUUAGUGGAGAGAGAAAACAUACUCAACCCUCGUUCUUGGUUUUCAGGAAAGUCUGAUGUUUUCAUGAUGUUUUCAUGAUGUUUCAUGUUUAUUUCUCCAGCCACAUCUUCUGCAGACUGUAAGCUUCUAAGAGAACUUCAAAGAGAACUCUAAAAUGUAUAUAACAUUUACAAGUAAAAGGAUAAAAAAUGAUUUAUCAUGCAUACACAAACCAAAAA